AUGUUUAAUGUUAGUGUUAGGAUUUUUUGGUUAGGGCUAUGUUUCAGGGUUAAGUUUAGGGUUAAGGUUAGAUAUAGGUUUAACGUUUAAUGUUAGGGUUUGGUAUUAGAGUUAGGAUUGUUUGGUUAGGGUUAUGUUUCAGAGUCAAGUUUAGGGUUAGGUUUUAGGGUUGAGGUUAGGGUUUAGGGCUAAGGCUAGGACUGAGGUUUUAGUUUAGGUUUAGAAUUUUUUGAGUUGGGGUUAGGGCUUUAGGGCAAAGUUUAGGGUUAGGUUAUAGGGGUAAGGAUAGUGGUGGGGUUUAGGUUUAGGUUUAAUACUUUAGGGUUUAGGUUUCACGGUUAGGGUUUUAGUGUUAGGUUUUACGGUUAAGGCCGGGGUUAGGUUUUACGGUUAGCGCUUUACCCAAGGCGUUACGGUUAGAGUUGGGGUUUUAGUGUUAGGUUAGCUUCUCCAUUCCGAACUACGAACUGCGAUCUGACCGCCCCACUUCCUCGCCCAUGCAGACCAUUAACGAGAUUGAACGCGGUGGCUAGCCUUCCAAGCGAGACGACACUGCACAGACCGACAAACCCAUCCCCAUGAGAUAGCAGGAUCUCUGUUUUCAUCCAACGAAAUAACAAUGUAGCCGUAUAAGCGAACAGGCGAUAGUUGCAGGAAGCACUUCAGAACCAGAAGAAGACGCGAUCAAAAGGUUUUGUUGGGCUGACCCAGCCAUAUUUUCAAGGUCCAAGAGAUCAAAAUCCUCGCAAGGGGUGACGACCGCAUGAGCCGCGAGCUGCUGGAAUCAUGAGGCCUGCAAUUCAUCAGCAAGCGUAGUGACCUCCCGUUACCGUAUUCGGUGCUGAGACAUUCCCUGGACAGGGAAGUCAGUUACGUGGAGGGAGCGCAAGCAAGCAACCAUUCCAGUGAGCCAAAUGGCCGAGCAAUCAUCACGUCAACAUCGGGCGCGGAUAAUUAAAUUGCGGCAAUUAACGACUCGGACGCGGACGGACGAGCUAUCAUCGCCUUAAUUACGACCUCCGGCGGUGGUCGCGAGAACUGUUAAUUAAAAUACGCUUGUAGCCUCAAGGUAGUUACGUACUAUAAAUACUGAACUCUUUGUGCCCUCACUAACUUUACCCGCAACCGUCUCUGAUGAUGAUGAUGAUGAUGAUGAUGAUGAUGAUGAUGAUGAUGAUGAUGAUGAUGAUGAUGAUGAUGAUGAUGAUGAUGAUGAUGAUGAUGAUGAUGAUGAUGAUGAUGAUGAUGAUGAUGAUGAUGAUGAUGAUGGGGAGGGCCCGGACGCUCAACUAUCCUGGUGA